AGAAUGUGCAGUUUUCAGAGGGGCGGAGACAAGCUGGCUUUCCAUACACAGCAGAAGCGGCGGCUAUAGGCAGCCUCACUGUAAGCCGCUGCCUAAUUAACUUUACAAUAGGAAACAACCCGGUUCUCUCUGGGCGCUUCUGGGCCACGAUGGCUGGAUGUUUUUCCGUCGUCAGUCGAGGCACGCAGCCCGGCAGGCGUUUUUCUCGGUGUUGCCGAGCUCACCAGAAUCGUCCAUGGUAAAGUGACACCGGGACUCGAACAAGUGACCCGCCUAACAGGAGUAAGAAGUGCGGCUGUUUGAGACGAGAGACGCAACGCUGUGCGCAGGAGAGGAGAGGACACGCCGCGGGGUCUAUUGAGCAGCCCGUGCGUAAUGUUAAAGAGCCUCCGUCGCGGCUGUUUCACCGCGGGGAGGCUGUGAAAAGUGGACUGUCUGAUUUGUUUUCCUGCCAUCUACUUUCCAGCCUGCAUGGAACAAAGUGUGCUUUUCUGUCACAUAACGCGCACGGCGAGGUAGAUCCAGGUUUAUAUGUGGUAGCGUUUUCUAUUUUACCCAAGUUCGAGUCCAGCUUCUCCCCGAAAUCAUGAGGACCACCGAGGAGACGGAGGGCUUUGACGGCGAGGCCUCCAACACUUCCAUGAUCUCCGGAGCCAGCAGCCCGUAUCAACCCACCACCGAGCCCGUCCAUGCGCGGAACGUGUUGGGGGGGAUAAGGUGCGACGUGGAGUACCUCAAGUCGUACUUUGGGAUUUUAAAGGUGGUGGAAGUGGUCCUAUCACUAAUCGCGUUCAUCUGCAUAGAGACUAUCAUGAUGUGUUCCCCCUGCGGAGGCGUCUACUUCUUCGAGUUUGUCAGCUGCAGUGCCUUUGUGGUGACAGGGGUCCUCCUCCUGAUCUUCACCCUCAACCUCCACACCAAGGUGCCCCACAUUAACUGGAGCCUCACGGACCUGGUUAACACUGCUGUCAGCGCCUUAUUUUUCUUCUUGUCAUCUAUUGUGCUGACCUGCAUCAACCACAACACUGGAGCUGAAAUAGCAGCAGUGAUCUUUGGCUUCCUGGUGACAGGUGCAUAUGGAGUAAACACCUUCCUGGCAGUGCGGAGGUGGCGCCGUGGCAAUGGGUGUCAGGGGGCGGCUCCGACCAGCGAGUACAUUCGAGCACGCACAGCGUCUCGCGGAGAGAUGGAAGCGCGACCGGAGCUCGCAUGAGCGCUGGAAGACAAUCAGACAGACUAAAUGAAAGCCACACGACCAGCAGCUGACUGAGAUGGACGCAUACUCCUGCCUUUCAGAGCGGUAUUUCAUUCGAGUCUUGUGUGGAGCAGCCAUCUCGGGCUCACCACAUGCUUUUUGACUCCUUGUUGCAACACUUGCAGCUGCGCAGUGUGCUUGUCCAUCCUAGGCACUGAAUCAGUCUUCAUUCCACAGCCACAGAUGAGCUCUUUGGCUUCGUUUAUCAGUAAUCCUGGCUGCUCUUAAAGACACACAAAGACUCCGAGGUGGGUCAAAAUUGAAGGUUUUGCUUUGUAAAAUGUUUCAAGUUGUUUUUUAGUUGUUUUUUUUUACAUAUCUUUUUAAAACAAGGACGAAGGACGACUUCCUCGAAGACUGUGCAUCAACUCCUGUUCUGACGUAGGUGUUGACUUUUUUGUCUUUCACUGUGAAUGAAGUGAAGUAAAAGAAGGAUUUGUACAGUUUUGCUCAUGUCAUGCCGCUGCUUGUGAGGUCUGUGGUAAUAAAUGUGAUAGUGAGUCCAGAAACAUACAAAAACCUCCAGUGCAACAGAAAUACCGGGAUGUUAUUAGUCUGUAAUACAACCUUUGGCUUCUGCCUGCAAGCAAGGCUGACAUUAGAUUAUUUUUUCUAAACACUAUCCAUGCUGAAAUAUAAAGUUUCUCCUUUAAAAAUGCCUUGGAAAUUUAACCACUAUUAAGAUAUUUGCCGUUAGCAAAUAUAGAGCAACAGCACAGGGUCAUUCUUAACUGCAAGACCGACAUUAUAACAACAUAUGGUUGCAAUAUUUUUCAGUGAGUGAAUGAAGAUUUACUCCUUUUCAGCCCAUGAAUCAAAUCAAAACACAUUCCAUGUGCUUUUUUCCAGGUUGUAUGUAACCUAUUUGAAGAAUAUUCACUCCAGCAUUCCUAAAACUAUUACUUUGAGACACACUGCAAGCCAGUAGUAGGUUAAAGUUGAGGUAAUUGUUGGUAUCUUGUUCCCUUUACACAUAUCCAAAGCUUCAAGUUACACAAAUUUCAACACUACAUCGGUGAGAUUUAAUUUGAAACAGGAGGUGACACGGUCGAUACCAUUGCCCUCAGCCUCUACACUGUAUCUCAGGUAUUGACACUCCUUCCAUUUUUGAUUCUUUAAAAAAAACAGACAUUUGAAAUGAACUCACAGGGUGCCUCGACCUGAACGCUGUAUAUUUUGAUGCCUUCCUAAUCAACAGACAUGAUCGGACUGUCACACAGAAUGGAAUUAACGGAUGACAUGUAUGGUACGUUGAGCUGUAUGUCACAGUUUUCAAUCUGUAUUUGUUUGAAUUAAAAUCUGUGUAUAUGUAUCUACAGUGUAUGAUCACACCCUUCAUGUAUUAUAAUAGCUCUUAUCAUUCCACACUGCAGCUGUUGUAAAGCUCAUACAUACAAAGAUUUCCUUUAAUUUUGUUGUUUGUUUGUUUGUUUGGCCAGUGCACCUGUGUUUUAAUCUUAGAAAAAUAACAUAUUUGCUUUUUGGGAUGACAGAAUAAAUGUCAGCUUGAUUUCUGGCGUGCUA